AUGCCCACCCAGGAUGACGAAAACAGCAAUGCCCCUCUCCUGGGAGGAAAUGGUGCGUAUGGGAGUACUGCAGGCCCUGCAUCUAGCCUAGCGGCCCAUGCCUCAUUUCGGCGGAACUUGGGUACGUCCGAGGCGUUCAGCAUCAUCAUCAAUAUCGUAAUCGGAAGCGGGAUAUUUACCUCUCUUGGCGCCAUUGACACCAAUGUCCCCUCCCCAGGUGCAGCCCUAGUCGUUUGGUUCGUGGGGGGCAUCUUGGCUUGA